UAAUUUCAGGUGGCCGAAAGAAAAAAAGAGAAAGCAAGGAGACGUUGAAUAUGCUGCUAAGCAACUUCUCGAACUUGGGGAUUUAACACCGAGUGCUGAGCUGUCGAAUAACUGGGCUGCGAAUAUGUUUGUGAUUGCGGAUAGGAGAACUCAAAGUGCAAUUGCUUAUGUUGGUACCCUUGGACAAACAUUCGGUUCGCGAAUUUCUGCCGGUGACAAUUUCUAUCUAAAUAAUCUAGCUCAAAUAAAACGGAAAUCUAUCCACGCAUCAGAUAGUGGAUUUCAUCGACUUCUACCAACAAUAAUGUUUAAGGAUGAUAAGAUUACUCUUGCUUACGCUGCUCCUGGUGGAGUUAUGGAAAUAUCUAAAUCUGGACCACGAACCAUUUCCGUGAUGAUCCUGAACAAAAUUGCCAAUGUGUCCAUUGACAAGGCCGUCGUUUAUCCGAUCGUAUAUCCUAAAGGAAUAGACCAUAAUAUGGCCUUUAAAGAAGGCGUGCCGUUUCUGGACCAUCUCAACAGGAAUCGCGUUAUACAGGCCACCAAGAACACAGUUGACGAGUCUGUUGCCAUCGAUGGUGAAGGUGAAAAAUUCACAUUUUUUAAAUAA